UUAAAAAAAAAAAAAACAAUGAAUAAAUAGAUCGAAUGUUGGCGCCUAUCUGUCUGUGUUUAGAUUUGGGGGAAUCAUUAUUACCAUCGUUACGUUUGAAUUCGGGAUCAUGUCUUUCCGUAGACGCACGUUGCUCAAGGUCAUUGUCCUCGGCGACAGCGGGGUUGGAAAAACGUCAUUGAUGAAUCAAUAUGUACAUAAAAGAUUUAGUCAACAGUAUAAAGCUACUAUUGGAGCUGAUUUUGUGACUAAGGAGUUGCAGAUAGAUGACAAGAUUGUUACACUGCAAAUUUGGGACACUGCUGGCCAGGAGAGAUUUCAAAGUCUUGGUGUUGCAUUUUAUAGAGGAGCUGAUUGCUGUGUUUUAGUGUAUGAUGUAAAUGUAAUGCGAUCUUUUGACACACUUGACACAUGGCAUGAGGAAUUUUUAAAACAGGCAAAUCCUGCCGAUCUUGGUUCUUUUCCGUUCAUAUUGCUUGGCAACAAGAUCGACAUAGAUGGUGGAAAUAGCCGAGUGGUUUCUGAGAAGAAAGCAAUGGAGUGGUGUAGCUCAAAAGGAAACAUACCUUACUAUGAGACAUCUGCAAAGGAAGAUCACAAUGUGGAUGAUGCAUUUCUGUGUAUUGCCAAAAGUGCAAUGGCAAACGAGCAUGAACAGGAUCUGUACUUCCAGGGAGUUCCCGAUGCUGUAACAGAAACAGAUCAACGUGGUGGCUGUUCAUGCUAAAUGUAACAUUUGCUUUUGUUUCAUCUUAUGGGAUUUUGUUGCUUAUUCCUUUAUACUCUUGUUAUUUGUGUCAUUACUUGGCACCCUUGACUUUUUUGUACCUAAACUAUACACGAGGCUCCCAUGGCAGCUGCUUACAUGCAACACAUGAAUGUUGUUGCUGUUCAUAUCAAGUAGUCCUCCGUUUAAGAUUUUAGAACUGUAGGGUCUAUGUACCCAAUGAGUGGACAAACUUUAUGCUGGUUUCAUAUACUCUAUUUUUUGUAUUGGAUUUGUAUGUUACAUUUGGCAAUCUUUACAUGAAUUCCAAAGAUGGCAAUAUGCUUGUUAAAGCUGCUUUAUUUAA